AUGAAAAAUCAUGAGAUCCGUCCCACUGGAUCAGCUCCAUUCCCUGAAGCGAAUGUGACUGUACGCAAUAAUCAUCAUACACGUGGACGCGGUCGUGGUCGUGGUCGUGGUCGUGGCCGAGACCGUGGUCGUGGUAGGGGACGCACAAAUUACCGUCAUUAUGGUGGGGGAAGCAACAAUUAUAACCCAAAUACCCACCAAAAGAAGAAACUUGGGGAUGGGCAGAAAAAAGAUAAGAAUGGCCCUUCAAGAGUUGUUGAAAAUCAAUGUUACCGGUGUGGCAUGAAAGGACAUUGGUCACGUACCUGUCGUACGCCUGAGCAUCUAGCAAAACUUUAUCAGGCUUCUAUAAAAAGAAGUUCAAAUAAUGUGGAAGCAAAUUUGACUUUUCAAAGUGAUGAUGUGGAGGCAAAUUUUGCAUACAAAAAUGAUAAUAUCAAUGAGCUAGAUGAUGUUAAUGGCCUUGAUGCUAUGGCACAUUUGGAUGUGGCUGAUUUCUUUGAGAAUCAUGAUUAG